GUCAAUAGUUUAAAUCAUUUUCAAUUAAUAAUGUACAUUUAAGGCACUUUUGAAGAUUGAUAUUGAAUCUUCUUCAUGUAUUUUAGCAUACGUGGUUUAAAAUAUUUUUCUUUAUAUACUAAUAUGGUAAUCGGAGUUAUAACCGGAGGUUGAAUGAGACAAUUUACCGUAUAGUCUAACAGCAGAGCAUUGUUAGGACUUAGUGGAGAUUAAACACGAAGUAAGGAACAGCCGAUGUGGCAUUCGUGACUGGAACCUGGUCUAUGUAUAAUUUUGUGAAUUAUCUUAUGUGAUGGACUAAUUGAUUCAUUCAGGAUGACGGAACAUUACACGCACCCUGUCGCGAGACGGGCACCAGCGCGGCGUCCGCCGCGUAUCGAGAUGCAAAUCCGCCGAGGAAUGUAUGACCAACGCCACGGUGAUCCGUGGGAUUAUGGAAACGAGGCUGUAUGUGACUGUUUUCCAAGGACAAGUAAACACACAAUCCCUUCAAUGUUUUACGAUAAAAUCGCUUGUCCACAUACAAAUUAUGCACAUAUUCAACCGGCACAGGAAACACAGUUUAAUUAUCCAUGGACUGCAAACUCGCUUAGUAGACAGAAAGCACGCGGAGAAGAUGACGAACUAAGCGAAAGACUUUCUCUUAUAUCUGAAGAGGAUGACCAGCUUCGAUUUUCACCAAACCCUUUACAACGCAACGAUCCUGAUGUUCUUUCAAUACAAACCGCGCCACCGUACUGGUAUAAGCGGGAAGGCGACGCGAGAGACAGUAAACCCCCUUUUACCGCACCGGUAAAUGACACACAGAUUCUCACGAAUGGCCGUCGUGCUCAAUCAAUGCAAGACAUACGCGAUCCAGCGUACAGAACCGACGGAAUGACACCGACGGGAAAUAAUUACAGCCCAACUGGUAACCGACGGAACAGCCGUUUAUCAAACCGCCAGUUUACUGGAACUUACGUCGAUCCGCGUGGUAAAGCGUACAACUACAAUGUCAAUUACACUGGAACCCCGAACCAAAAUGCUACACGAAAACCCGUGCAGGACUCAAGAAAACCCGGAACAGCACUGCGAUAAAAUAUUGAAUUUCUAAUGUGUCAGAUUUAGCUUAUUAUUGAAAAAAAUCUAAAACAGUUUUUGUGGUACACUUCAACAAUGAGUGCUUUUAUAUCAUGUCAGCCAGGAAAAGACGACUCUUUACAUUCUAUCUUUAUGCAACCUUUUGUUGAAUUAUAUUAAAGGGAUGUAAUAGAUUAAACAAUAUUGAUAAAUCUGCUGACAUUCGUAUCACAUUAUAGCCAAGAAAAUAGUCAAAGAAAAAGCAUAACGUUUUGAAUUGCACUUGGCAUUUCGUUUGUGUUCCUAAUAGGUGUGUUCUAAAACCACGAGUAUGUCUGAAUAAUGAAGGCAAUGAUGAUAUAAUGUGAAAAUAUUUAUUAUUGUAUAUGAAUCAAGACAUUCAAAACAUGACUGAAACCAA